CCCCAAGAAUUUCCCACCCUUCCAAGGCACUUCUGGAAGCGCGGAGCUAUCCAUAGAGAGAGCACGGAUUGCAGCCGCUCCUGGUUGGGAGAGAAGAAGGUUGGGCGAGUCUUCGAAAUCACCCCGGGAAGCGAGUUGCUGUCGUCCUGAGAGUUCGACGAGCAGCGAAGAGGACAGGAGAAACGAGGAGUGGGGUCACAGCUUGGCCUUCAUCAGACCAGGUAGGGGAGCGAGCGGAGAGGAAGACGUCAAGGACGUGGGCAGAGUUACAAACUUUCCAAGUGGCUGGGCUCCUGCUGUAGCAUCUUUCCCUGGUCCCGCGGGGCAGCCUCGGGCGGUUUUUCGCAGAAGCUCGGGAUUUUCGGGAGCUGCGGAAGCCUCCCCCCCUCCCCAGUUCCAAGAACUUCAUCUGAUUUUGGGAAAGCUUGUGUUUGCUCCGGCGCCUGCCUGCCAACUAGCCAGCCAGUCAACAAGCAAGCACUUGCCAGAAUUGGUUAUAACUCCUAAAAAUGCAAGACCCCACAGGUCCUACUGCACCUGUAGAUGAAACAGAAAAAUCACCCAAUCCAACACCUGAAGACCCCCCUACCUACACUUCUCAUUAUCAACCAGGACCUCCUGUACCAGUUGGCUAUCCCAUUGCAGGCUAUGCAGGCCCCGGUCCCAUAGGUUAUCCAGGUCUGAAUCAGCCUGGUGGCUUUCCCAUGUAUCAAAGUGGUGGCCAGCCAAUUGUUUAUCAGCCUGGCAUCAAUGUGAACCCAAUUCAACCUCCCCAAGUACCAUGGAUGGCAGCACCACCUCCGCUCCCAAACUGCCCACCUGGUCUGGAAUACCUAUCUCAGCUAGAAAAAGUACUUGUUCAUCAGCAGAUUGAACUUCUGGAAUUGAUGACACGAUUUGAAAGUAAUAACAGAUAUGAAGUGAAAAACAGCAUGGGACAGAUGAUAUACAUGGUUCUUGAGGACACUGAUGACAUUACGAGAAAUGCAUAUCAUACAUUACGUCCCUUUGUCAUUCGGGUCAUUGACAGCAUGGGUCGAGAAAUCAUGAGAUUGCAGAGACCCUAUCGGUGCACCUGUUGCUGUUUUUGUUGUUCUUCUGCCAUGCAAGAGCUCGAGAUUCAAUCUCCUCCUGGUGUGGCCCUCGGUUACGUCAUGCAACAAUGGGGCUGCUGCAUGACGUAUUUCAGAAUUGAAAAUGAGAAGAAAGAGCAAGUGCUGAUCCUGGAUGGCCCGUGUAUGCCUAACUGUGCCUCAGCUACUGUUUAUCAGGUUAAAUCUUUGGAUGGAGCCAUUAUUGGAAGUAUUUGUAGACAGUGGCCUGGCUAUGUACAAGCAUCAGUAGCAGAUAUAGACAACUUUGAGGUCACUUUUCCAUUAGACCUCAACGUAACAAUGAAAGCUUUGAUUUUUGCAGCUACCUUCCUCAUUGAUUUCAUGUUUUUUGAAAGCCCUCCAAGACGUAACGACCAAAAUCAAGAGUCCUAAUAAGAAUAAUAAAAUGUCAGAGUUGGAAGGAGCCCUAGUGGUCAUAUGGUGAAAUCUAUUCAUGAGCAGAAACAUCAGAUAGACCAUUCCCUGGAAAUGGCUAUCUAGUUUCCAUGUGAAGACCUUCAGUGAUGAGGGAUUUUGUACCUUCAAGAACCGACCAUUCCAUUUUGCAACAGCUCUCAUUGUUAAGAAGUUUGCGGUUUUUUUCCCACUUAUAUGGGACUGAAUAUUGAUUAGAUUCUCUGUACUUUCCACUACUAUUGCUCUCUAACAGAAGGGAAAACAAGUUUGAUCUUUCUUCCAAAUGACCUGAAGAAAUACCUGAAGUUCUUCAAAUAUGUUUCAAAAGCUAUCACAUCAAUCUCCCCUCCAUGGACUCCCCACAAAAGGGUCCUGUAUAUUCUUGCCUCUGUUUCUGUUAAGCACUAUUCUAAUAUGACUGUCAUUGUCCUAUACAUAUCCAGUUUCAGGAGUGCUCUUCUGUCACGUUAGUAACAUCAAGUGAUGCACACUCGUUGCCGAUAGUUCAUCAAGUGAUUAUAUUAACCUGUGAUUUUCCUGUGCCUUGUUGAUGUAUGACACUCUUCUUAGGUUUGUCUUCUUUUGUUCUCCUUCUAUAUUCUUCAAAAUAAGAAGUUUAGAGGAAAAAAUGGAGGCUUUGUAUUUCUAAAGGAUAACAGUGAAACUAGCCUUCCCCUCUGCCUUCCCACCACCCCCAUACAAUAUGGUUUUCCUUUGAAGUUUCCUCAAAGUUAAUUCUAUGGGGCUACCAUAACAUAUUAUUCUAGUAUCCCUUGCAUAUCAUAUUAUUAUGGAUCUAUGAUUGGAAUAUUUUCUCCAUUGGCACAGAUGUCAACCCUUUCCUGUGUCUUUAUCUGUAAAAUAAGGGGAUUGUAUUAGAUCACUUCUUUCAGUUCUAGAACUAUAAUCCUAUAACUGUCCCAAAAAUCCUCUACAGAGACUCCAUCUAACAUGACGGGGGCCUUCUGUGUCUCGUAACGUUGACCUUGUAUAGGGGACAGUACUAUUGCAAUGUAGCAGCCUGCCUUCUUUUCAAGUUAUGCAUUUCUCUAAUGAUAUCAUUUAUGUCAUUUAUCCUAUGAAUUUGUUAGUAACAUAUUGUAACCUAUUCACAUUCACCGUAUGCCUUACCAUUGCCCUAUGGGUAAUAACCAAAUUUAAUUCUUCAGAGACUGUAGUAUCCUAUGACUCAAGGUUGGUCAAUAUAUAUAUGGGCUCUUACUUUAGGGGAAAGUUUGGGGUCAUUAAAAGCAUGGUACAGGUAAGUUAGUCCAUUGUCUUCCUCUUAUUUAAAUCUGAACCCAGUUUUCCCCAUCCCCUGGAACUACCCAAUUUCUAUGGACAAUGAUAGGUUUUACAGAUUGUCCACCUAUCCUCAUAUCAUUGAUUAGGCAGAAGGACUUUAUUAACUAUUUUGUUUUUCAUGCAUGGAAAGUUAGGGGGUAAAAACUCCUUAGUCAAGGAGCUUUGUUAUACAUGAGAAUCUCCUUCUUGGUUAAAAGCCUUUGGGGGUCUUCUGUUUUCUAGAGCCUUCAAUUAGUUGUACAAGUAUAAAGAUGUAGUCUUCCAUAGGUCAUAUUUGUGAAAGCCUUGGUGUUCCUUUUUUUAUACCUCCAUCAAGGAUACUUAUGAUCCUCAUGUAGACUAUUUUUAUAAAGAAUUUGUUGAGAUUAUAAAGUAAAGCUCAGUCUGUAAUGUGAAGCUGCAGUCAAAAAAUCUAAUAUGACCUUGGGCUGAACUAAGAAGGUAUAGUUUUGAUAUAUGUUCUUUUAACCAUUCCUUUUAUUUUCAGUGCAAAUAGUUUGUUUAAUCUGGCGAGUUGUCUCAGCUAUGUGACAUAACAUCUUAUAUUUUAUUUUUCAUUCUAAUUUAAUAUAGAUUUUAUUUUUUGCUUUAACAAAUUGGUUUUCUUUUUUUUACCCAAUUUGAAAAUGACUCUCACAUCAGUAAGUUCGCUCUGUCAUUUAAUUUUUAUGACAGUACUAACCAUAUGUGACAUCUUCUACCUUUGGUCUUGAAGAAAAUAGUCAUGAUAUAUAGAAGCACAGUGAACUAAGUGUUGGAUGUAGGUUCAGGGAGGUCUGAGUUAAAUGUGUAGCAAAGUAGGAAGAGUGCUGGCCUUGGAACUGCUAACACCUGAGUUUAAACCCUGCCUUUGUAACUUACCGAUUGUGCUGCAUGAGUAAGUCAUUUAAACUUUCUGAAGCUUAGGAAAGUCUUUAACUUGUUGACUAAGUUAUGGGUACAUUUUGAUGUGUAAUCAGUGUUCUCCGAUGAAAGCAAAUAUUUUUUUAGUGUGUUACCAUGCUGUUUCUUAUUGCCUUUGGACUCAAGAUGAAAGUAAUUCCACUAAUGCUUUCAUUGCCUCUCCAAGUUAGACCAGUCUUCCAUCAAACUUAACCUCCUUUCGUCUUCCAGUUGCACUUAUAGCAAGAAUGUGAGGUUUGACAUAGAAUGUCCAUUCAUUGAUCACUGGAAAGGAUCUUGUAUCUAGGAUAAUAUCAGCUAAGUUAAUGUUAAUAUCUGCUUUAAAAAUUGCAUGAUUUUGACCAUCAUCUCCCCCGCUUUUAACCUUUCUUCCAUGAUUAAUGCAUAAUCAGAAGAAAAGGACAUCAAAUACUUGUGCUGUUGAUUUUUUGGAAAUUAAGUAUAGGUCUUUAUUUCAUCCCACUAGAUUUCAUAGUCUUAUGUUCAGGCCAUCAUUCUAUCCUACUAAGAUCCUUUAGGAUCACAAAUCCUUUGUCCAACAGGUUAGGUUUUUUUCAGUCUUAAUGUCAUUUACAAAUUUGAUAAGCAUGCCGUUUAAGUCUUCAAGACAUUGAUUAAAAUGAUGAAUGGAGCACUGCUAAGAAUAGAGCCAUAUGGCUCUUUACUUUAAAUCUCUUCAGUUUCAGAAGAUGAUAAUGGGUAAUCAUAAUCUCUCAAAUUCUAGAGACUCACGGUAUCUUGGAACAUUUUCCUCUCCCUAAAACCUAGAAACCUUGGAUCGGGAGAAUUGCCCAUUUCCAAUCAUCUGCAUGAGGAUUCUUCACUGCUGAUUAUUUUCAGUGACUUCAAGCCUCUGAUGCAUUGAAGGAUAGCCAAGCUGGGUUUUAGCUCUAAUAACAGAAGGAUGGAGCUUAGAAGGGAUGGCAGUCAGGCUACACAAAAUUAGAGUUAUUUAUAAAUGUGCCUUUGAACAUGUCCUAGUACAACUUCCUGUCUCAGUUGUAUUUCUUUAGGGUAAAAUAGGUUGCAAAGAGUUCAUACCAGAGAGCUGAGACAAAUGUAACCUACUUAAAAAUGAAAGGAAUGCCACUGUAGAAAUAAACACACAAUAUAGAUGGAUUUCUAUCUGUGGAAGUUAGGGAAUAGUCAGACUGGUAUGGCUUGUGGAUAUGGGUAAAUGACAAAGGUUGGUAGUGUGCAGAUGUUAGAAACAGUAGAAAAAAUGACUCAAAGUCAACUUGGAGGUAUGGACUUAAUGAUCUCACAAUCUUCACAUAAUUUCAUAUGAAACAGAGCAUCCUUCUAUUAAUAAGUAUAGAAAUGAGAAAACAAAUUGAUAAAAGCCCAGCAAGAUGAGGUGGGAUGACCCCACUGCAAGGGUAAACAUCAUUGCAGACUGCGACAAUGGCAUUCCAUUUUUUUAUCAAAUAAUUAUUUAUUAUUGAACAUGAACAAAAAUUAAUGUGAAACAUAAACAAAAUUAGAGCUAUGGAAGGCAACCUUAAAAAUGCAGGAGGGACUAAAGGAUUCUUAUUAAAAAUUAGGACUUUUUCACCAUUGGAUGGAUUGAGACAGGGAAAGGCGAACUCGAUGAGAAGCAUUUUUUAAAUGUAUAUUCUCACCUUCACCCACAUUUUUAUGCAUCUUAAUAUUUCUAAUUAGCAAGUAUUUCCUACUAACGUGCUUUGUACAUAAUAAGCACUUAACAAAUGGCUUUUCACUCAGUCAUUCUUUUUGUGUGCACCAGUCUACAUUGCAAAGUAAACAAUAGAUUCAUUUUAAUUAUUUUAUAUUUCCAUGCAACUUCCCCCCCCCACCACAACCUAUUAGCUGAGGUAAUUAAGAGUUGACCAAAUAGAGCAUGUAAAAUUCAAACUAGAAUAAUUGUUAGUGUAAGACAAUAAUUGGACAGGAUCUCUCAAUAGCUUUAUAGAAGUAACGCGCGUGUGUGUGUGAGAGAGAGUGUGUGUAUAUAUUUGUGUACAUAUAUGUAUAUACAUAUAUAUGUGUGCACACACACAUAUAUAUG